AUGACAACCAGUGAAACAACCACAACUGGAGGAACAACUGGCGCAACAACUACUGAUGGCUCAAUCAUAACUGCAGGAACUACAACUGGUGGACCAACCACAACUGCUGCUACAACAACUAGUGGGCAAACCACAACUGGAGCAACCACAACUAGAGUGACAACAACAGGUAGCUCAACCACAUCUGCGGUGCCAACAACUGGUGCAACAACAACCGAUGGAUCAACCACAACUGCAACAACUACAACUGGUGGACCAACCACAACUCCUUCUACAACAAUAACAACCAUCGAUGAAUCAACCACAACUGGAACAACAACAACCACUGGACCAACCACAACUGGUGCAAAAACAACUAGUAGAUCAACCACAGCUGGAGCAACAACAACCACUGGAAUGACAACAACUGGUGAAUCAACCACAACUCGAGUGAUGACAACUGGUGGACCAACCACUACUGUAGUGAUAACAACUGCUAAACCAACCUCAACUGCAGUGACAACAAACAGUGGAUCAACUGCAACUGGAGUUACAACAACCGAUGGAUCAACCACAAUUAAAUCAACAAUGACUGCAACUACAAGUGGUGGACCAACCACACCUGCUGCUGCAACAACUAGUGGGCAAACCACAACUGGAGCAACCACAACUAGAGUGACAACAACAGGUAGCUCAACCACAUCUGGGGUGACAACAACUGGUGCAACAACAACUGAUGGAUCAACCACAACUGCAGCAACCACAACUGGAGCAACAACAACUGUUGGUUCAACCACAACUGGAGCAACCACAACUAGAGUGACAACAGCAACCACAACUGGUGGAUCAACCACAACUGGACACACAACAACCAGUGAAACAACCACAACUGGAGGAACAACUGGCGCAACAACAACUGAUGGCUCAACCAUAACUGCAGGAACUACAACUGGAACAACUGGCGCAACAACAACUGAUGGCUCAACCAUAACUGCAGGAACUACAACUGGUGGACCAACCACAACUGCUGCUACAACAACUAGUGGGCAAACCACAGCUGGAGCAACCACAACUAGAGUGACAACAACAGGUGGCUCAACCACAUUUGGGGUGACAACAACUGGUGCAACAACAACUGAUGGAUCAACCACAACUGCAGCAACUACAAGUGGUGGACCAACCACACCUGCUGCUGCAACAACUAGUGGGCAAACCACAACUGGAGCAACCACAACUAGAGUGACAACAACAGGUAGCUCAACCACAUCUGGGGUGACAACAACUGGUGCAACAACAACUGAUGGAUCAACCACAACUGCAGCAACCACAACUGGAGCAACAACAACUGUUGGUUCAACCACAACUGGAGAAACCACAACUAGAGUGACAACAGGUGUCUCAACCACAUCUGGAGGGACAACAACUGGUGGAUCGAGCUCAACUGGAGCAACCACAACUAGUGGAUCAAGCACAGCUGGAGUGACAACAACCGGGGGAUCAACUGGAGUGACAACAUCUGGUGAAUCAACCACAAGUCAAGUGAUGACAACCAGUGAAACAACCACAACUGGAGGAACAACUGGUGCAACAACAACAACUGAUGGCUCAAUCAUAACUGCAGGAACUACAACUGGUGGACCAACCACAACUGCUGCUACAACAACUAGUGGGCAAACCACAACUGGAGCAACCACAACUAGAGUGACAACAACAGGUAGCUCAACCACAUCUGGGGUGACAACAACUGGUGCAACAACAACCGAUGGAUCAACCACAACUGCAGCAACUACAACUGCAGCAACUACAACUGGUGGACCAACCACAACUCCUUCUACAACAAGUAGUGGACAAACCACAACUGGAGCAACAACAACUGUUGGUUCAACCACAACUGGAGCAACCACAACUGGUGGAUCAACCACAACUGGACACACAACAACCAGUGAAACAACCACAACUGGAGGAACGACUGGCGCAACAACAACUGAUGGCUCAACCAUAACUGCAGGAACUACAACUGGUGGACCAACCACAACUGCUGCUACAACAACUAGUGGGCAAACCACAACUGGACCAACCACAACUAGAGUGACAACAACAGGUAGCUCAACCACAUCUGGGGUGACAACAACUGGUGCAACAACAACUGAUGGAUCAACCACAACUGCAGCAACCACAACUGGAGCAACAACAACUGUUGGUUCAACCACAACUGGAGCAACCACAACUAGAGUGACAACAGGUGUCUCAACCACAUCUGGAGGGACAACAACUGGAGGAUUAAUUGGAGAUACAACAACAACUCUAUCAACCACAACUGGAGCUACAACCGGUGGGUCAACCACAACUGGAGCUACAACAACUGUUGGAUCAACCACAACUGGAACAUCAACAACCAUUGGACCAACCACAACUGGAACAAAAACAACUACUACAACUGGAGUGACAACAACUGGUGGAUCAAGCUCAACUGGAGCAACCACAACUGGUGGAUCAAGCACAACUGGAUAUGACGUAAUCUACAGUGAACGAUAUGGUCAAGUUUUCAUCAGAACCAUCGUAAUACGAUUCAGGCCUGCUUCUACCGUUCGCCGAAUGGAGAACACUGAGGCAGAGGUGGAGCUGGUAUUCAACAAUACUGCUUCGCCACAGGACAUCCCAAAGGCUGAGGAGGUUGUGGAAACCCUUCAAACCGCUGUGUCCAACCCAAAUAACACCUUCAACAUCUCUUUGGAUCCUCAAUCAAUAGCUGUCAUUCAGUUUCAGAUCGUUUUUGGCGUGGAGGACAAAAAGGUCAGAGAAAGGCUAUUACGGGAAACGGAGCUGACGCUGGAGGCAGCCAUCAAGCUCUGCCAGGCGAGUGAGCUGUACCACAAGCAAGUGAAAGCGUUCAGCGAGAUGGCGGCAGGCACUACUGCGCACGUGGGCGACAGUGCAGCGGCGGUUGGUGCGGUGUCGUGUCAGAGGAGACGGCGCUCGCAGACCCGACCUGCACAGCGGACGGAGGACGUGAUGGUCGACUGCAAGCGCUGCGGCUCGCGGCCCAGCCUUUGUUUAUUAUCUUGUCUAUGGAUAGUAGCAUCAAGACCUGCUUCUAUAACAACAACUACAACUGCAGCCACAACAAUUGGUGGCUCAACCACAACUGGAGCAGUGACAACUGGUGGAUCAACCACUGCUGGAGUGACAACCAGUGGCUCAAUAACAACUGGAGCAACAACACCAGGUGGGUCAACCACAAUUGAAGCGACAACAAGCGGUGGAUCAACCAUCACUGCAGGAACAACAACCGGUGGAUCAACAAUCACUGGAGGAACAACAACCAGUGGAACAGUAACAUCUGGAGCAACAACAAACACUGGAUCAACCACAACUGAAGCAACAACAAGCAGUGGAUCAACUGUCAAUGGAGGAACAAUCACUAGUGGAUCAACUAUGACUGCAGGAUCAACAACCGGUGGAACAACCACAAUUGGAGUGACAUCAACCGGUGUAUCAACCAUCACUGGAGGAACAACAACCAGUGGAUCAGUAACACCUGACGCAACAACAAACACCGGAUCAACCACACCUGAAGCAACAACAAGCAGUGGAUCAACUGUCAAUGGAGGAACAAUCACCAGCGGAUCAACUAUGACUGGAGGAUCCACAACCGGUGGAACAGCCACAAUUGGAGUGACAUCAACCGGUGUAUCAACCAUCGCUGGAGGAACAACAACCAGUGGAUCAGUAACACCUGAAGCAACAACAAGCAGUGGAUCAACUGUCAAUGCAGGAACAAUCACCAGCGGAUCAACUAUGACUGGAGGAUCAACAACCGGUGGAACAACCACAAUUGGAGUGACAUCAACCGGUGUAUCAACCAUCACUGGAGGAACAACAACCAGUGGAUCAGUAACACCUGAAGCAACAACAAGCAGUGGAUCAACUGUCAAUGGAGGAACAAUCACCAGUGGAUCAACUAUGACUGGAGGAUCAACAACCGGUGGAUCAACCACAAUUGGAGUGACAUCAACCGGUGUAUCAACCAUCACUGGAGGAACAUCAAGCAGUGGAUCAGUAACACCUGCAGCAACAACAAACACUGGAUCAACCACAGCUGAAGCAACAAUAACCAGUGGAUCAACUGUCAAUGGAGGAACAAUCACCAGUGGAUCAACUAUGACUGGAGGAUCAACACCAGGCGGGUCAACCACAAUUGAAGCGACAACAAGCGGUGGAUCAACCAUCACUGCAGAAACAACAACCGGUGGAUCAACAAUCACUGGAGGAACAACAACUAGUGGAACAGUAACAUCUGGAGCAACAACAAACACUGGAUCAACCACAGCUGAAGCAACAAUAACCAGUGGGUCAACUGUCAAUGGAGGAACAAUCACCAGUGGAUCAACUAUGACUGGAGGAUCAACAACCGGUGGAUCAACCAUAAUUGGAGUGACAUCAACCGGUGUAUCAACCAUCACUGGAGGAACAACAAGCAGUGGAUCAGUAACACCUGAAGCAUCAACAAACACUGGAUCAACCACAGCUGAAGCAACAACAAGCAGCGGAUCAACUGUCAAUGGAGGAACAAUCACCAGUGGAUCAACUAUGACUGGAGGAUCAACACCAGGCGGGUCAACCACAAUUGAAGCGACAACAAGCGGUGGAUCAACCAUCACUGCAGGAACAACAACCGGUGGAUCAACAAUCACUGGAGGAACAACAACCAGUGGAACAGUAACAUCUGGAGCAACAACAAACACUGGAUCAACCACAACUGAAGCAACAACAAGCAGUGGAUCAACUGUCAAUGGAGGAACAAUCACCAGUGGAUCGACUACGACUGGAGAAUCAGCAACCGGUGGAUCAACCAGAAUUGGAGUGACAUCAACCGGUGUAUCAAUCAUCACUGGAGGAACAACAAACACUGGAUCAACCACAACUGGAAUGAUGACAACUAGUGGAUCAACCAUCACUGGAGGGACAACAACAGGUGGAUCAACCAAAACUGGAGCUACAACAACCAGUGGGUCAACCAUAACUGCAGCAACUACAACUGCUGGUUCAGCCACAAUUGGUGGAUCAACCACAAUGGGAGCAACAACAACAACAAGUGGCUCAAGCACUACUGGAGUGACUACAAAUGGUGGAUCAGCUGGAGUGACAACAACAGCUGGCUCAACCACAACUGGAGCUACAAUAACCAGUGGGUCAACCACAACUGCAACUGGAGUGACAACAAUCAGUGGAUCAACUGUAGUGACGACUGGAGGAUCAACUACGACUGGAGGAUCAACCACAACUGGAGUGACAACAACCGGUGGACCAAUUACAACUGGACCAUCAACAACCAGUGGAUCAACCACAACUGGAGUGAUAACAUCCAGUGGAUCUACUGCAAUUGGAGGAACAACAAUCAGUGGAUCAACUGGAGUGACAACUGGUGGAUCAAGCACAACUGGAGCAACCACAACGGGUGGCUCAAGUACAACUGGUGUGACAACAACUGGCGGAUCAACCACAACUGGAGCGACAACAACUGGUGGAUCAACCACAACUAAAGCAACAACAACCAGUGGAUCAACGACAAAUGGAGUGAUAACAUCCAGUGGAUCUACUGCAACUGGAGUGAUAACAAUCAGUGGAACAACCGGAGUGACAACAACUGGUGGAUCAAGCUCAACUGGAGGAACCACAACUGGUGGAUCAAGCACAACUGGAGUGACAACAACCGGUGGAUCAACUGGAGUGACAACAUCUGGUGAAUCAACCACAAGUCAAGUGAUCACAACCAGUGGAUCAACCACAAUUACAUCAACAGUGACUGGUGGAUCAGCCACAACUGAAACAACAUCUGGUGGAUCAGCUACAACUGGAGUACAAACAACACCUGCAACUACAACAGCAGUUCCCACCCCGGUUGUGGCUCUUAAGGCGACCAUACAACAGGUGUUUAUAGAAGCUUAUACCAACCCCGAGACCCCUGAAUACAAAGCACUUGAGGUUUCUGUUGUGACUACGUAUGACAUAAUCUACAGUGAACGAUAUGGUCUAAUUUUCAUCAGAACCAUUUUAAUACGAUUCAGCGCUGCUUCUACCGUUCGCCGAAUGGAGAACACUGAGGCAGAGGUCGAGCUGGUGUUCAACAAUACUGCCUCGCCACAGGACAUCCCAAAGGCUGAGGAGGUUGUGGAAACCCUUCAAACCGCUGUGUCCAACCCAAACAACACCUUCAACAUCUCUUUGGAUCCUCAAUCAAUAGCUGUCAUUCGAACCCCAAAUACAACAACAGCUCCCAAUACAACCACAGCAGCCACCACAGCUGCAGCCACCACAGCUGCAGCCACCACAGCUGCAGCCACCACAGCUUCUACAAUGACCAAAACCACAACCGCCAUAAUGACCACGACAGCAUCAACUACAGUGGCGAUCACUAUUACCCAGCUGGAAUUCACAUCUGCCGGAGAGUUAUUUACAGCUGACCUUUUGACUUCAACAUCUGCAGCUUUUCAAGCUCGAGCCACAUUGAUAAAGUCAAAACUUGAACCUUUCUACACGUCAGCAUUCUCUUCCUUCAGUAGCUUGACAGUGGUAUCGUUCAGACAGGGAUCGAUCAUCAAUACUGCGGACCUACGGUUUUCUUCCUCAUCUGUUCCAAAUGUUGCUGCGAUUGCAGAUGUUUUAAUCAAGGCAGCACAACAAAUUACAGACUUCAACAUUGACACCACAUCUAUUGUGGUUGGUGGCAUACAGGUCUCAAGUGGAGUAAGCCUUCAGAUCAGUUUUCCCCCAGCUUUCUUCCUGGUGGUGUUGUCAUGGCUGCUGUCAAGCCACCACUAGUCCUCACCUAAAAUGUCACUGGACAAUGGGCUUCCUCACAAAAAGUAAAGGGCACUGUCAACAUUAGAAGUCAAAUACGGUUGGUAAAGAGCUCAACAGUUUGAUGGCUUUGGAGUGACUUACAAAUAUUAACAGUCUGGGGGAAGUCAACUUCAAGCACCUGUUCCAUGUGUCAGACCUAUUAAACUGAAAUUUCCAAGGAUGAGAUGAUCAAAGCAAUAACAUUUUAGACCCGGGUAUCCAGACUCUAACAUCCCCACAAGUAAUUACACGAUCUACAUUGCAUCUAUGAUUCGUCUUACUACCAUUUGCAAUAGCAAUCUUUUUUUUUCAUGAAAUGUCUUUUAAAUCAUAUCACAUUAAAUUUGGGUAAUACACAGCAGAAUGUGUUCCAGAUUUUUGUUGACGUCUAGACUGGACUUCUGGACUGGUUGUGUCUGCCAACCAAGGAAAAGAAAAAUGUUUUUCCCCCAAAACCACUGAUAAGGAAAAACCACACUGAUCAUCCUUACCGUUCUUUGGUUGCAGAUGUAACUCGUUUUAAAGGAGUGUAAUGCCUGAGGCCAUAUUGUUCCUGCAACUUCUUUAAAGAUGUCCGCCAUUUGAAAUUCAUGCUCCAUCAGUACUGACUCUGCCAUGAGAAACAUUUAGUUGCAUCUUUGUAGAUUACUUUGACUUUGACGUGGGAACGAGCCUUUCCAAUUUCCAAUUUGAAUCAUGGUGACCUAAAAUACAGCUCUACGUUUACCUUGAUGUUAAUGCACAACACUGCCUCAAGGUUCGAGAUUCAAGAGCUUUAUUGUCAUUGUUUAGGACAAUUACUUUACAGUUGUUUCGCCAUCAGUGCCAGUAAAAAGAAGAUAAAACGCAAUUAAAACUUAAAAGGCAACUGACAUACAGUUAAAAGGAUAAGCCAAAACACUAAUAGAUUAAAUGUUUAUGUGAUUAAAAUUUUAAAAAGAUUAACGUGAGGGGGAAAAAAGGAAUGCAGGUGGUACAUUAUGAGGAAGUAUUACAGUGCUCAAGCGCAAACUUACUGAAAUAAGUCAAGUCAAUUUUAUUUAUAUAGCCCAGUAUCACAAAUUACAAAUUUGCCCCAAGGGGCUUUACAGCGUCAUAGCAUAAAUGGAAUAUUGAUGUAACCAAACAUUUUACAUCUUUGCAAUCCACCUUCAUGAAUUCCUAUUUAACUGUCUGUCUGUGUUAAAACUGCUCAGCUGGUCAACUGAGGCUUGGAUUGGAGCUGUAAAUGACCAAAUCUGUUUGGAUGACAUUAAUCUAGACAGGUGGGUCAGGUCUUCAUAAUCAAGACUCAGUGUAUCAUGUAAAUGUCAAAGCCCAUGGUAAAUAUAUAAUGUAAGACAUCCGACCAAUGCCCUGUGUGAUUUUCCAGUCUUUAUGCUUAUUUAUAAUGUACCACUUUGUAUUUAUUACAUCAUACAUGAGUGUAUUCUGUGAGUUUAAAUGUCAUUUUGUACAAUGGACACAAGGGAGUUACACAGCACCAUGAUGAUCAAAAUAAAAAAUUGUGGAAAGAGAGUUAUAUCUGAUUCAUGUACACACUCAUGCGG